GAAGAGAAUUGUGUAUAGGAGAAAUAAGACAAGCACAAGAAGCAUUCAUAAAUUCUCUUAUUAGUUAGUAUGAAGGAUAAUAAUAAUUAAUUCUAGAAAAUAGAGCCUUAUCUAGUUUCACCUUUCAUAGGUAGAAAAAGUGAUCAAGAGAAUACAAGCCAUCAGGUGAGAUGUACCAUCAUCACCAACAUCAAGGGAAAAACAUUCAUUCUUCUUCCAGAAUGCCAAUACCCUCUGAGAGGCACAUUUUCCUUCAAACAGGAAAUGGGUCUGGUGAUUCUGGACUUGUGCUAUCAACUGAUGCUAAGCCUAGAUUAAAAUGGACACCAGAUCUUCAUGCCAGGUUUAUAGAAGCAGUCAAUCAGUUAGGUGGAGCUGACAAGGCUACUCCAAAAACUGUAAUGAAACUCAUGGGAAUUCCAGGGCUUACUUUAUAUCAUCUGAAGAGCCAUCUUCAGAAGUAUAGAUUGAGCAAGAAUCUGCAUGGACAAAGCAACAAUGUGACACACAAAAUCACAACAAAUGCAGGUGCAGCCACUGGAGAGAGACUUUCUGAAAACAAUGGAACUCACAUGAACAAAUUAAGUCUUGGACCGCAGGCUAACAAAGAUUUACAUAUAAGUGAGGCACUGCAGAUGCAAAUUGAAGUUCAGAGAAGGCUCAAUGAACAACUUGAGGUUCAGAGACACUUGCAGCUUAGGAUAGAGGCCCAAGGAAAAUACCUGCAAUCAGUGCUAGAGAAAGCUCAAGAAACUCUUGGAAGACAGAAUUUGGGAAUAGUAGGACUCGAAGCUGCCAAAGUUCAACUUUCAGAAUUGGUGUCCAAAGUCUCCUCUCAGUGCCUUAACUCAGCAUUCUCAGAGCUAAAGGAACUACAAGGAUUUUGCCCUCAGCAGACACAAACCAACCCACCAAAUGAUUGCUCAAUGGACAGUUGCCUCACAUCCUGUGACAGAUCCCAAAAGGAGCAAGAUAUUCAAAAUGGUGGCAUGGGCAUAAGACACUUCAACAGCCAUGUUUUCAUGGAACAAAAGGAUGCCACAGAACCUCCCAACAACCUUAGGAACACCGAACUCAAGUGGCGUGAUGAAGGGAAAAAGAACACAUUUCUUGCCCCAAUGAGCAAAAAUGAAGAAAGAAGAAGCUAUGCUGGUGAAAGCAAUUCCAACAACUUAUCCAUGACCAUUGGACUUGAAAGAGAAACAGAAAAUAGAAGCAGCAUGUAUCCUGAGAGACUAAUCACAGAAACUCAACCUGAUAGUGAGUUCCAUCAUAGGAACAGAACCAAAACAGAAAUAAUGAAACCAGUGGAUGAAAAAGUUUCUCAAGAUUAUAGGUUGCCUUCUUAUUUUGCAACAGCAAGGUUGGACCUAAACACACAUGGAGAUAAUGAAGCUGCACCCAUUUGUAAACAACUGGACUUGAAUAGAUUCAGUUGGAGCUGAGAAAAUAUAGAAAACAGUAAUGCUUCUUCAGAAUUUGAUUCAACAUAAGAGGAGGUUAGUAGGAACAGUGUGUUGUUACUACAAUUUCAGCUCCUCUUUCUUUCAACCCAAAUAUAUAUAAGCCAUUUUUAGCAGAAUGAAAUAAGUUGCAACAACAAAGACCAAUGAUCAUUUGUAAACAAUCAUUAUAAAGAACAUAGCUCCAGCAACAUACGGUAUUAUUCUAGUUUAUUCAAUAUUCAAAACAUCAUGCAAUGGAGUGUGUAACU